GCUGCCGCCGGGCGCUCUCCGUCCGCCCCGCACCGACGUCGGCGCGAAGCCCCGCCGGCGCCCGGGGGGGGAGCGGGGGCUGGGCGCGUCGCGGGCGAGGCGGGCGAGAGGAGGCAGAUGCUUCCCGAGGCACGGCCCCGCCGGAGGGGCUCGGCCCUGGCCAGCGCCUGUCCGUGUGCCGGCUGAAGUGCUCGGCCCGCCCGCCCCCCUCCGGGACGCGGGGACCCGGCGGGCGGGUGUCAGGGAGCGGACGGCCCCAUGCGCCUCUCCCAGGAGUGAAGGGCCGUCCGGGCUGCGCCGCCGCGGGCGCCGAACCGCCGCGGAGGUGGCCCGAGGUGACGGGAGGCCGGGAGAGGUUGCCGCGCCAGCGCCGGGAGCGCUGCCACCAAGGGUCAGCUACGACGUGUCUCUCCAGGAAGACUCCACAAUGAAAAAAACAACCCACAGUUGCUUCUUACUACUGAUCAUCUUUCUAACUAGAAUGGUUCCAAGUCUUUCUUCUACUGUAAAUUAUACUGAUCCUACAUUAGAGCCUGUAGUAACUGAAAAUUCAGUCAUACGACAGAAGAUAAUAGAUUCGCAGUUCAAAUGCUAUGAAAGGAUGAACAGAGCUCCUCCGUAUAAGAAAAAAGGUCUGUUCUGCAACCGAACGUGGGAUGGCUGGUUGUGCUGGGACGACACGCCUGCUGGAAGAAUCACUGCUCAGAAUUGUCCAGAUUAUUUUCCAGACUUUGAUCCAACUGAGAGGGCUUCAAAAUACUGUGAUGAAACUGGAAACUGGUUCCGCCAUCCUGAAAGCAACCGAACUUGGUCCAACUAUACCCUGUGCAACUCUUUCACCUCUGAAAAAUUGAAGAUGGCGUUCAUACUUUAUUAUAUGGCGAUCGUUGGCCAUGCUUUGUCUAUAACAUCCCUGUUGAUUUCCUUGGCAAUUUUCUUCUAUUUCAAGAGCCUCAGCUGUCAAAGGAUAACACUGCAUAAGAAUUUGUUUUUUUCUUACGUGCUGAACUCCAUGUUUACAAUUGCCCACCUCAUUGCUGUUGUGCCUAACCCUGGCCUUGUAAAAAGGGAUCCUGUAAGCUGCAAAGUGCUGCAAUUCUUUCAUCAGUACAUGUUGGGCUGCAACUACUUCUGGAUGCUCUGCGAAGGCAUUUAUCUUCACACGUUGAUUGUGGUGGCAGUGUUUGCUGAAGAGCAGCGUUUGCACUGGUAUUACCUCUUGGGCUGGGGGUUCCCUUUAGUGCCAGCAUCUAUUCAUGCUGUUGCAAGAGCCAGAUACUUCAAUGACAACUGCUGGAUGAGUGUUGACACGCACUUGCUCUAUAUUGUUCAUGGACCUGUAAUGGCAGCUUUAUUGGUCAAUUUUUUCUUUUUGCUUAACAUUGUCCGAGUUUUGGUGACAAAGCUAAGAGAUACCCAUCGUGCUGAGUCCAACAUGUAUAUGAAAGCUGUCAGAGCCACUUUAAUCCUGGUGCCCUUACUAGGAAUUCAGUUUGUUAUUAUUCCCUGGAGACCAGAAAACCGACUUGCUGGAGAAAUAUAUGAUUACAUCAUGCAUAUAUUAAUGCAUUACCAGGGCUUACUUGUGGCAACUAUAUUCUGCUUCUUCAAUGGUGAGGUACAAGGAGCUUUGAAGAGGCAAUGGACACAGUACAAAACCCAGUGGGGCCAAAGACGGCGAGAGCACUGUUCCACGCGAUCUACCUCCUACACUGCAACGUCAAUCACAGAGGUCCCCGUUUACCUGUACCAUCAUGAUUCCAACAAUGAACAGUUAAAUGGAAGAUACGUGGAGGACUCUGAACUUGUUGCAUUAAAAUCUGGAGAGACAUCUGCUUAGCUAAGCACCAGCCAUUGCAAACACAUCAUUUCACAUUCUGCUUUUGAACAAAGUGGGGAGAAGGGUGGGAGUGUGGAAAUCCAAGCCACUGUGUCAGAGGGCAAGACCAGGUGAAAGGACACAUCAUAUUCAAACCACAUCAGCCUCUGACAGCAGUGGCAUAGAGGGAGUCUGACGCAGACCUGGAAACAGCAUUUCUUCCUGUGCGCUGCAACAGGGAGUGAACAUGGACCUGCCCACCAGGCUAUGUAAUCUCCACAUCUCCUGAUACUGGCCAUAUGAAGUGACCAUCCGACAGUAGUAACAGUGCCAGGUAGCCCAUAACAAAUAGGAAAGAAAGAACCAGUAUGUGGCAAUUGGAAACUUUCAGCACUUUGUGCUUUCAGUGCUUUUCUUUAACACUAGAUUUUGAACUAUCACCUUUCACAAGAUGUAACUGGCUUGCAGUCCUUUAUUCUUCCCCUUUUAAUGAGCUCGAUGACUGCUUAAAAGAUUUUGCACAUUGCAAGACAAAUCAAACAAAUGAACAGAAGAGUCACUCCAAAAUAUUCAAAUCUUGAUGAUCUCCAAAGGAUGGCCCAAAAUAUUACUAUCCCCAAAGGAUACCCCAAAAUAUUAUCAUCCCAUUAACAGGUGCAUAAAGCAAAUGAAGGUGUAAUAGUCAUUGCAUACCAAGAUCUCAAACACCCUCAGAGAAACAGAUCAGUUCUUCAGGCUGCAUCACACAAGUCCUGAAGGCAUCUCAAACCAGGGUUUUUUUAACAUUACUGGUAGGUUGAGAAUAUUUAUUUAUAGGAAAAAUUGUUACCCUAUUAGUCUGCCCAGAAAUUCAUCAUUAAGGCACAAUUCUUUCACUCUGAAUAAGCUGUGAAAUUUGGUUGGAAAUUAUGAUUUUCUUUAAUAGCCAUUCUGAGAUGAAUGCUAGAUGAAUGCUUGUCUCUGUUAUAAAAUUACGAUCACGCCAGUGAAGGAUCCCAGGUAAGAAAUGAGAAACUAAUGUCUUAGCACAGGAAGCAGCUGUUUUUAGAAUCUAGUUGCUGUUCUAAGUCUCUAAUUGUUGAAGGUGAUGAUUUCAUGUGUGAGCCUGUCAUCAGGAAAACAUGAUGAAUGUACCGUUUUGUAAGUAAUAAGCACCUUUUAUCACACAUUCAAAGCAUCAUUAGAGUCUCUAUGUGAUUACUGAGGCAGAAAUCAGGUCAGGGAGAAGCUGAUUUGCAGUUAGAAGUUACAGUACUGUCACUGAAAAAGUUCUGCAAAUCACAAAAGAAAUAGAUUAAUUUCCCACAUGAAGCUAAUUGUAAAGAAUCUGCAAGAGCAAGGGCAGUGCCAAGGAAGUUUUGCAGGGCUGUGACUCCUAGGGAGUUUUAUGCAUAAAAUGUCUAAUGAAUGUAGUGUCAUUCCUUCUUGCAUCUCUCUGAAAAACUGUCCUACAGAUUCCCACUCCAUUGCCUUUGGCUGAGAAGUGCAUGGGAUAUUUCAAAUGCUAACAACUUCAAAAUAUUCAUCACAGUCUCUGAAGUUGGAAAGUUAUCAGUCCCCCUUUGUUUUGCCUGCUAAUGCACUUGUAUCUGAUGCUUCAACCCCAGCCCAAGCAGGAAGACAUGGUCAGAGGAGGACACAGGUGCCGGUGGUGACACUUGCUCAUCUCAAAUGUCUAAAUAUCAGCCCUGACCUGGGAGUUGUAAAAACUGCCCUACGUGGCAGGUGAAUAGGGAGAGACUAAAUGCCAUCCUGUAUACUGCAGCUGCAUUCAUGUGGAACCUCUGCUGUUGGUGUAAAAUUUUUUCCUUUCCUUCAUUUGCUUGCUGAGCUUCCAUCCAUAAUGAUUUUUCUCCUUAGGACUUCAUAAGAUACUUAAAAUAUCAUGGGUUAGAACAGUCGUAAAUCCAGAUCUUGUCAGAUAGUAAAAGAGAAGAGAAAAACUGAAAUAAGGCACUUCAGCUAAAUAUCAAUUCUUUUGAGGUAACUUUGGAGGUUACAGACAGAGGCCUUAACCUUGCAGCUGUGUUGAGGAAGGACUGCAGGACAGUCUGUAUGCCACAAGGUAAAACGCACUUUAGAGAAUCCCACAGGAAGAGAUCAUAAGCUACUCCUGCCAUAAACCUUGAUAAUCUCUUUCAGAUUCUAUUGAAAUUAGCAGACAAAUCCCUGUUGACUUAGAUGAGCGGUGAACAACUCUCUUCGGUGUUCAGGAAUGACUUAGGCAAUACUGUUCAACGUAGACCUCAAAAACAGGAGACAAUUUCAUCCUUAGCAAUUUGAAACCAUUUUUAAAUAUUGUGUUCAGCCGGGCUCAGUUUUUUCUUCACUGACACAGCUAGAUCCUAAGCUUUAUCCGUUUGUAAAUUUUAAAUGGAGGGCUGCUGCACAUGUCUACCUACAUGAAUUACCAUCUCACUGGAAAAGUCCAUUCCAGGAAUGAGUUCAUGAGGGAUAGACAUAAACCCAGCACUAUGAGAGGGGACUGAAUUCCCACUAUCCAUACAUGAGGCAAUGCCUGGCAGGGAAGAGGUUUGCUACAUUUGUGCCACCAGCAUAUGCACACAGCCAUGGUGCAUCACCGAAGCUUCCUCCCCAGUGGGGAGCGAGCUGCUGGCACUGCCACCGUACAAGAGAGAGGAGCUGGGAAACAAGAACUAACUGUCCACCAACGGAGCAUCGCAUGGUUAAUCCAGUGGAACAUUUACAAGAAAAUACGAUCACGUGUAUUUGUUCAAGCCACAUACCUAUUUUUCAGACUUCAAGGAAUACGAAGGUGGUUAUUUUUUUCAGACAACAGUAUUUCACAUAUUGCUAUUUCUACUUUUACCAGUGAACAACGGGAAGUGCAGGAUUUAGUCAUUAAAGACAAUAAAGUGGCUCUGCUAUGAAUGCUGUAUUUCUGAAUAGCUUUGGGGCACACUGCACUUCCCAGGAGUGCUUCAGAAGGCAUUCCUAGUUUCUAAAGACGCAAAUGAGCUGAUUGUAAAAGAAGUGUACCUAAUAUAGUUUAAUAAUGAACCUGUUGGUUUUAAUAAUGUACAUGUUUACAACAUGUAAGUGCAAAGUUGUUUCAUAGUCUAUUAUGUUUGUGUGGAUGUACAAAAUGGAAAUGCUUUGCCAUUA